UAUGCCAACUUACCACAAUCGCACGAUCUCCCACGGAUUGCGCCAAUUCCCUUAUAUAUUCCCAAGUUUCCCCACUCAUGUUUUCAUCUGUCUGGGUCCAUGGAGAAGGUGCGCGAGGCGUAUUUAUCGUAGUAUCGUAACGAGUACCGAGGUGUUCAAAUACUCGCGCAGAGAAAUCUCGAAGAAUUUCCUGAAAUUUAAAAAAAAUUAGUGAAUUAAUUAUGAGGACUCUCUGGACCGUCGUCCUUCUUUCUCUCGUCGUCGCGAUAAACGCCAAGUCUAUGAUUUAUAAGAAAAACGGGGACAACAUCUUUGAACCAGUAAUGAUACCUGUAUCAUCCACGGUGAUUCCAUUACCCGUGUACAGGGUAGAAUAUGGCUUAGGUUUCAUAUCAAAAGAUAAAAAGGCCCAAUCGUCCUUCAAACCGGAAGACAACAUAAAACUGAUAACCAUCAAGAAAACUCAGGAGAAAAAGACGAAAAUUUAGUACUAAACUACAUUCUACAUCAAGUAUUUAUGAAGAUAAAUAUUGCAUUUAAGUCAUUAAAUUGAAUACUUUAUGCACUAUUCAAAAUACAUCGCAUAAAAUGAGUUCUUAUAGUAAGAUUUUCAUUAUUUUUUUUUAAAUUCAUGAUAAACUUAUAUUCAGCAACCCAGUAAACAAAUCUGAAGGCAGAUCAAAACAUUUGAAUAAUGAAAGUAAAAUACAAAAAUACACGUUUCAUUGUAUAAUAUAUAGUUAAGAGAAAA